CUGAAUAUCUUUGGUUGAAGUGAAUGUAGGGGCUACAGGAAGUAAUGUAUUAAGUUAUGUAGUCUGAUAUUAGUUUCCAUUUUUAGUGCGUGAGUGUUGUUCUUUUUAUUGGAUGUUUAUAAAGUAAAAAACAUUAUGUGAAUAGCGUAACUGACCAAGGAAUGCGUUUGGGAUGUCUUGAGUGUAAUACGUGUGAAAGCUUGUGGAAGAUACAAAAAAACAGUCUUCACUCGUCACUAGACACUGUGCAUGGAGACAUAUUAUUCUAAGUGUGUGGCUGGGUUCUGUGUUGUUAAAACCUGAGCGAAAGACGCGAAAGUCUAGACGCACAAUUAUAUCAUAUGUGAUGUUUUUCCGAGUGCUGUAAUGGGAGAACAACAUCAAACCGAAUGACAGUUGUGUAUGGAAAUUUCGAUGCAGUAUCAAAGCGCACAAAAUCAUUUUUACAUGUACGUCUAGAACGUCUACUGUGCAAAAAUGGGCAACUGCUUCAGUCGACCCAGAACCCCGACGAAAAAGGACGGCGUUGGACUUCCAGCUCCAGACCCAACUCCUGUAGUACCGACAAAUGCACCUUUGGCAAUACCAUCACAUGAACAACAUAGAGAAGUUAGGAAUGGACCAAUGCCUCCCAUUCCUGAUGAAGGCUCCACGAAUGCCAAUGCAAAAAUCUUUGUUGCUUUAUAUGAUUACGAUGCACGAACUGAUGAGGACCUUAGUUUCAGAAAAGGUGAACAUUUGGAAAUACUGAACGAUACUCAGGGCGAUUGGUGGCUUGCAAGAAGUAAGGCUACGAAGCAAGAGGGAUAUAUUCCGUCUAAUUACGUGGCCAAGCUGAAGUCCAUUGAAGCUGAACCGUGGUAUUUUGGAAAAAUAAAACGAAUCGAAGCUGAGAAGAAAUUACUGCUACCAGAGAACGACCACGGUGCUUUUCUGAUAAGAGAUUCUGAGAGUCGUCGCAAUGAUUAUUCUUUGUCUGUAAGGGAUGGGGAUACUGUUAAGCACUAUCGAAUAAGGCAACUUGAUGAGGGAGGCUUCUUCAUUGCUCGUCGCACAGCAUUCCGUACUCUGCAAGAGCUUGUAGAACACUACAGCAAGGAUGCAGAUGGACUGUGUGUGAACCUUAGGAAACCAUGCAUUCAGGUGGAGAAGCCAGUUACUGGUGGUCUGUCCCACAGCACGCGAGACCAGUGGGAGAUAGACCGCUCGUCCCUCAAGUUCGUCCGCAAGUUAGGUCACGGCCAGUUUGGUGAGGUCUGGGAGGGCUUGUGGAACAACACUACCCCUGUAGCCAUAAAAACCCUUAAGCCAGGAACCAUGGAUGGGCAAGAUUUUAUGGCAGAAGCUCAUAUUAUGAAGAAGCUAAGACACAAUAAAUUAAUUCAGCUCUAUGCAGUGUGCACAUUAGAGGAACCCAUAUAUAUUGUCACUGAACUUAUGAAGAAUGGAAGUUUGCUAGAAUAUUUGCAAGGGAAGGGACGCUCUCUGAAGUUGCCACAGCUGAUAGAUAUGGCUGCACAAAUAGCAGCAGGAAUGGCAUACUUGGAAUCGCAGAACUACAUCCAUAGGGAUUUGGCGGCGCGAAAUGUUCUGGUUGGUGAUGGAAACAUCGUUAAAAUAGCUGAUUUUGGUUUGGCGAGACUUAUAAAGGAGGAUGAGUAUGAAGCUCGUGUUGGUGCCAGGUUUCCAAUUAAGUGGACUGCUCCAGAAGCUGCCAAUUACAGCAAGUUUUCUAUAAAGUCUGAUGUCUGGUCAUUUGGUAUACUUCUCACUGAGUUAGUCACCUAUGGUCGUAUCCCAUAUCCAGGUAUGACAAAUGCAGAAGUUCUUCAUCAAGUAGAACAUGGGUAUCGAAUGCCAUGUCCUCCUGGUUGCCCAAAUAGCCUGUAUGAGAUAAUGUUGGAAUGCUGGCAUAAGGAUCCAAUGAAACGCCCUACGUUUGAAACGUUGCAGUGGAAACUGGAAGACUUCUUUACAAUGGAAGGUUCAGAGUACAAGGAAGCUUCGGCAUACUGAGAAUGCGCCCACCUCCCGGAAUGGCCACUGCACACUCUGCCACGGAGGGUUCCGCACAUGCACUUUUUGUCUCCCCCUGUCUGAAUGCUGUGGAAAACGUUUCGGGUUUGGUGGUUAAAGAAUAGAAAUGCUUCCAUCUAAUGUUGGGCUCUGCCAGAGGUCGGUUGUACCUCUGUCAGUUGUAAAUUAGAGAAUGAGAGACUUGAUUUGUUGGUUUAGGAAUGAGAAUAUAUUGCUGGUUACUUCAAAAGUAAAGCUCCAUAAAAUCCGUGCUCAUCGAGGCUUUUGAAAUCUCUUAAACUUAGUAUUUUGGUCAUCACUAAAUGUGAAAUAUAUUUCGUUAAAAGUACCUUUCAAUUGGCAUGAAAUGUGGAGCAUAGAACUUUACGGUGUAAACAGUUAUCAGCUGCAAAAAGUAAAUGUAGGCUCCUCAGCUGACUUGCAGUAUUAAACCUACAAAAGUGAGUGCAGUACAGUCAGGCAGUACCAGCUGAAGUGUCAGAGUAUUCAGGAGCAAAAAAAGUUAUUUGUUCACAGCCAAACAUAUUGAAUAGUGGAGUAUUUAUUUACUUAAGCACACACACUUCAUGAAAGACUGUCUAAUAUAUAGCUUUUAUGUAUUUUUCUCGUGUCUGCAACAGCCUUGUUUUGUGUCGCUUCCUUUGGAAAAUUACCAAGUUCUCAUGUUUUGAUUUAAACAUUGUGACUUGAUUCUACGGUGGGAAUGUUGCUUGAUUAAAUAGUGCUGAAGUGAAAAAUGAAAACAGUUCCAUUAACAAGCAUUCCCUCACUCAUUAUUUUAGAUGUUACUUGGAAUUGUGAAUCGAUAAAAUGUAAAAAAAUAUCAUGUCAUAUUUAGAUAGUACAUAUGUUUGAAAUGCUCAUACUCCUGUAUUGUUAAGGAUGUGUAAUUAUGCAAUGUAAAUAUUAUUUUUAUAAACUAGUUGCCCAUCUUUAGGGCUUAUAGAACUGAGACAUUAUUUCUUUAAUUUUUUAUAAGCCACAGAACUUACUUGUGGAAGCCUAAUCACAGUAAUAGUUGCGUUUAUUAUAUAGUUUACAGCAGAGAUGAAUUACGUCACUGUAUUCAAAUUUUAUGAUUUGUUUUUUAUUCAGUUGUAAAAUAUUUGUGUGAUUUGCUAGCUGUACAAUUCGAUUCUUGUUUCAUUUUAACAAGCAAAUCUUCUGGUUUCCUUUUCUACAAUGCAUGCAUAAGUAUGCAUGUUACAAAGAACAAAGUUCACUGUUGAGAAAUAUUUGUUUAAUAGCAGACACUGACUGUUGAGCAGAUUCUAUUUUUCUGGAACAAACCAAAGUAAUGAUUGGUAGGUACCUUACCUCUCUCUCUCUCUCUCUCUCUCUCUCUCUCUCUCUCUCUCUCUCUCUCUCCCU